AUGCUGCGCUCCCCCGUCACCGUCUCCCCAGAGCGCUCCGCCUCUCGACCACACCUCCCUACUCCUCAUUCCUCCUUCGACUUCGAUGACGACCCAGACCGUCCAGGCUCCUCUGGAAGUGAUGCCUCGUCGGUGAUCUCAAAUGCGACCGCCUUCCAAACCACCACCUAUCACCGCGACCGCGACCCGGAUCCCUCCUACUCCCCUCGUACCGUCCUCCGCACACCACCCGCCCAAGCCUCAGCCACAACCUCCGCGCAGGGCCCAGGCCGUCUCCCCACCUCCUUCAUGCCGCAUCAUGAUCCCACGAGCAGAAAGCCGUCCGGACGUGCUCACCCGUCGGACCUGUACAAGCGCUCGCGACAUCACUCGCAGGGGUUCUUUGAGCCCUCGCUACCGACCGCCUCGUCGUCUGACGCGACGCUUUCGGCGUCCAGAAUAGCGGCCCAGGCUGCUAUGCAGAGCCAAGGCCAACACUCGUCUUCUACGGUUCUACAUCCUCCGCCGAAACGGACCGUGCAUGGACACGGGCACGGGCAUGGCCAUGGUUCGGACGACGGGUCGGGAUCCGUGUCGCCGCCUCCGCCGAUUCCGGCUUCGCAGCCUCAAAGACCUGGGUCUGCGGGCUCGCCGUAUCGUGAUCAGAAUGGAGGGAAUGGUGUAGGACCGGCUGCGGCAACGACGGCUGCGAACUAUGUGUUUCCGCGUAUACCGCCGCCGGGGAUGGAGGCGCAUACCACAGAACGAGAGCAUAAGAAGGGCGAAAAGGAAAAGUCAAAGAUGAAACUCUUUUCGAAGCCGAAGCAUAUUGGUAUCAGUCGCGACAAGGAAUUCAAGGACAAGGGACUACCGUCGCCGAACAAGCUUCCUAGUUUGACGCGGAUUGUCAGUGCGUCUGCGACGAAUCUGGGAGAUACGUAUCCGUCGAAUAACUCGUCUAUGUACAGUUUAUCGAAUGCGUCAGCGAGUACUGUGGUGCCGGCUGAUAAGCCUUUGGUGCCGGAAAAAGAGAAGGAAAAGGAAAAGGACAAGGCGCAUCGACAUCAUCAUUUCUUGUCAAGGCAAAAACUGAAGCUGAAGGAUUUGAAGGAUGACCAUUUCAAUCUGCCCCUCUCUUCUGCUGCAAGCAACUCCAGACCAUCAGAUCCUAGCGCCCCCCAGUCUUUAUACUCUUUUACUCCGGCUUCUCCCAGUGCCACCACUACGUCAUUCAGCAAGUCUGUGGGAGGGUUGGACUUACUACAUGGUGGGCGAGCGCUGCGCGACAAGAAAAAAGAAGAAAAGGCGCUCGCCGAGGAACAGCCGGAAUGGUUAAUAAACUCGACAAUGGCUGGGGCAGCUUCUGCAGGGUUCGCUGGGCCGUCGUCGCUGGGAAGCACAGGAGGCAUCCUUGCUGAGGCCGCUAUGCGGGAAACACUACAAGGUUUUGGUCUUCACAAUAUGAGCCCUGAAGAUGCAUGGGACUUUCUGAAAGCGAAGCUCUUGGUGAUCUUUGACGGCGAAGACGUGCGCAUCGCUAUCGAGGACUUGAACAAGCUCGUUCUCAUCCACAUACAGCGCUGCGUGCAGAGGCGUACGCCGACAGCCAUUGUAGACGACCUACGCGGUCUCCUAGAGGCAGGGUUCGCCACAUUGAAUCAUACCCUGAACGGCGUACCGGAUGAUAAGCUAGUUCCUCAUCUCGUGCAGAUCUGGAUGCUAGUAUUCGGCACAAUCCUCCCAUUCAUUCAAGCUGUCUUCCUCCCUCUCGAUCUCGAAUUCAAAGGCUGCGGUUCGAUCAUGAACGUUCGAGAAGCAAAGGAUUUCUGGGAGGUCGCUCUAGACGGCGAAUACCCCGGCUGCGAGCUCGAAGUGCGCAACCUCGUCCUCAUUGCCUUCCGUGACAUGGUCAUCAUCAACCGUUAUGACAGCCUCAAAGCCACCUUUUCCCGCCUAAGUCUGGAUAGCAUCAAACUAGGCAAUUCCGCUCUCAGCGUCACCACGAAAAGCAGCAACAACAGCACUAGCGCCAUCAACAGCGGCCGUCCUACCACCGCCGCAUCCCUAGACGGCGGCUUCGGUAGUUACAGCUCCCAAUCGUCCAACCUCCUCAACACAGCUGGCUCUUACUCUUCCGAAUCACCAGGCUACAACCGCAGCCGCGCCACCUCAAAUACCUCCUCGAACCCUGACCAACUUAUCUUCCAGUCUUUCUCCUCACCUCCGCAGAAACCCACCAUCAUUCACCGCGCAAACAAUGCCUCAGACACAUCGCACGUCAUCACCGAGACUGUGGGCCGCAUGCUCCAGUGCGUCAGUGUACUAGCAAGCGUGCAGACCAACGAUACCCCACAGGAGCGAAUCGAGACGCUCAGCAAAGAUCUCAAGCAUAAUUGGCUUGGGCGCGGCCGCACAGGGAGAGAUAGGCGUGGGUUUGUGGGGACCAAGAUCCGCCCGCCGAUUGUUGCGCGAGCGAGUGAUGACUCUACAAAUGGUUCUACGACGGAGGAGUUGAGUCUUAGGAGCUUACAGCGGGAAUUGAGUGUUCUGUGA